AUGGUGCCUGCUGUGGGGAAAGUGGUCACAGUGAUCACGUUUGUGGCAGGCCUAGCUCGGUUGGGCCCAGACAGCUCUGCAGCUGUUCCCUACGGCCCCUGCCCGACAGGAGCCUGGCGCCUGGGUGGUCUUGUGUGGGGGAGCCCGCGUCUGUGUCAGCCACGCCCUGGUGAAGUCUUCUGGUUGUUUCACAGCGAGGACGGCAGCCCCUUCACGUACGACUGCAGCUCUGCUGAGGAGCCACGAGAGAAUAAAGGGCAGGAUGGACGGCCCGUGGGCGAGGGCAGCGACGCGAUCCUGGCGUCCACCUUCUCCAAGUCGGGCAGCUAUUUUGCUUUGACCGAUGACAGUAAGCGUCUGAUUCUUUUCCGUACAAAACCGUGGCAAUGCCUGAGUGUCAGGCCGGCGGUGCGGAGGUGCACGGCCCUGGCCUUCACGGCCUCCGAGGAGAAGGUCUUGGUGGCCGACAAGUCCGGGGACGUUUACUCCUUCUCGGUGCUGGAGCCGCAGGGCUGCGGCCGCCUGGAACUCGGGCACCUGUCCAUGCUGUUAGACGUGGCCGUGAGCCCCGACGACCGCUUCAUCCUCACCGCUGACCGGGACGAGAAGAUCCGGGUCAGCUGGGCUGCGGCGCCGCACAGCAUCGAGUCCUUCUGCCUCGGGCACACCGAGUGAGUCCCGGGGUCAGUGUGCGGGGCCGGUCCCGCUCGGGAGC